AUGGCAAAUGAUGACGAGGAGCAGAUGGCUGUGCAAGAUGAAAAUGAACAAGGAGUGGCAGGUUUAGCGCAACGAGCUGCCCAAAUGUUACACAAUUUACCUUUUUUGAAUUUCCCAGCAGUUGAACAGAAUGAAAAUCCAAAUGAUUUGGAUCAUCUCGACAGGGAUUUUCAUGCAUUGGUACAUAAUGCAAAUGCUCUGUUAGCUGAACAACUUGCGGUGUUGGGAGAUAUUCAUAGAGAAGUGAAUCGAGCAAAUGAUCGACCAAUAAUGGGUGCUGGAAUGGAGCGUGUUGCUGUGGGACUCAUUGAUGAGCUGCGUAAUAUGAUUGAACAUUUGAUAAGACAACGCGAUGAAAUGCGACAGUUGGUUAUGCAGCGAGGCUUAUUUGAUCCAAUUUUCGGUCAAUGGGAUGAAUUGCUGGAAAUCUGGGGAAUGAGGAGUUUUAAUCGAGAAAGCGGGAAAGUAAACAAUCCAGGAUCGCUAGAAAACGCGGUCGUGAAUUACAUCUCGAGUAAAAUAAACGGAAUGCCAGCAGAAGCAUAUUCUCUGCCAUUACCAUUGCUGUUUGAGAUCCACGUAGGUUUAUAUAAGAAAAACAAAUUUCUUAUAUUGAGCAAAGAAUGGAGUAGCAUCGACACAUUUCAAAGAAUUCUAAAUUGGAAAAUGAGGAGAAUGACAGUUCAUGAGCUUUUCAAUGGAUUAAUGAAUAAAGGUUAUUUAAUUGAACGAAUUUUAUUCGAAGACUUGAAGCGACGAAUUUUGGAUCGUACAAGAACGAAAGAUAUAGAAUUGUACGAAUGUACACUCAUAUUAGGCACUUUUCUUUUGGAUCACGGAUCGCUUAGUCUUCCCGGUGAGAUCUUUAUAUAUUGUCAAAAAAUUCUGAAUUGGUUAUCAGUCGACCACCAUUUGCGUCAACGUAAAUUAUUUGAACUAAAUUACUGGCUACUGAAAUAUUACAUGAAUAACUGUUCAUUCGUCGAAGCAGUACAUAUUAGUUCAUUUACUGAUACAUUAAUUGAUAAGCUAGAAAGCAAUGGUGAUAUUGGAACACUCAAUUUCGUUCAAAUUCAAACGCAAUGCGCUUUGUUAUGGUACGUACUUGGCCAUUACAAGAAGUCCAUGGAGUUUUGCUUAAAAGCACUAAAAGCUGCGCAUGACAAAGGAACGCAUAUUUCCGGACAAGUGGAGCUUUUAUGUGUUACUGCAAAGAUUCUCAUUUUCAAAGGAUGUUUUAAGUUAGCACUGAGAGCUGUUCGGUUCGCACUAGUAAUUGUUUUGAGUCAUCCAGAGCUUGAGCGAUUGUUGUGUUCUGUGUUAUGUGACUAUGGAGAUUGUUUGCUCAAUUCGGAUCAUGUUGAGAUAGCUGUACAGGUUUAUACUGUGAUGGCAAAAAUGGUUCAAAAACAUUUUGGGACAGAUUCUCUCCGUGAUGGACAAGCAAUGUAUGAAUAUGCUCGUGCUGCAUACCGGCUUCUCUAUGAUAAUUAUUCUGGAUAUCGUAGCAAUAGCGACAAAUACAUUCAACUACGUUUUCGUUGUGAAAAGUAUGCCAGUAAAGCACUGGAAAUUUAUCGGGCAAAGCUGGAUAAAGAACAUUAUCAGCUAUUAAAUGCUGAAGAGCUGCAAGCGCUAGUUUCGAUAAAGAGUACGUUACGAAAUGAUACCACUCAAGAACAAUUGCUAAAUGAAGCGAUGGAAACACAUAUGCGAGCCCUGAACAAGUAUCUCAAUUUUAAAGGCGAGAAUGCGAAUUGUGCGAGGAUUUAUGAUUAUCUUGGCUCUAUAUUUCGUCAAUUGCAAAAAACUGAUGUUUCUGAAGAAAUGUUUGAAAAAGCUUUGGCUAUAAAAAAAGUUGUCUACGGCGCGUAUGAUCAUGAAACAGCUCUCACUAUGACUUCCUUGGCUUAUCUUUAUCUGAAGGAUGCGAAUCGACCUCGGGAAGCUUUGGUUCUUUUCAAAAAAUGCCUUGAAAUUGAGCUGAAUAUAUUUGGUGAGGAAUAUUCUGGACUUGGCAUUAUUUAUGAUGGAAUGAUGUUAGCCUAUGAAGAAAUUGAUGAUUUGGCAGAAGCACGAAUUUAUCGUGAACGGCUGUACAUAUGGAAAACUAAGAUGAGCAUCCUUGAUGAAACACCAUCUGAUAAUCCCUUUGGGGGAUCGUUAUGCAUCAACGAAACAUUUCAGGAUUUUACCCUUGAAUGCUUUGAAAAUCUCACUUCCAGUGAAACGAAACAUUCAUCAGAUGUAGAGGUGAAAAAAGAAUGUUAA